CAGGUCCAAUCAGAUUGCUGCGCUCUGGCUCCGCCCCCAGCAGCAGCUAGUCCCUAUAAGUCAGGCGCCGGGCUCGCUUGGUGAAUGAAAUCAACAGGCGCAGAUCAAAGUCAAAAAUAUACUAAUUAAAUCAACAGGCGCAGAUCAAAGUCAAAGAUAUACUAAUUCAUUGGUUUUAGGUCAAUGGAUUUCCUUCCCUUGGAGGAGGAGCCUGUCUCGUAAAGAAGGGGAUUUCCUGUUCCCACUACGGGGCGCCAGGCCUAAUAGGUGCCCCGCUGUGUUGCCCCCUCAACACCUCCAUGAAUGCCACAGUGACCAACGUGAUCGAUGAAUGUGAGAUGGACUUGGUCGCCUUGGUCCUCAACACACUCAAUAUCCUGCUGGGCAUUCCGGGCAACUGCAUUGUGAUCUGGGUGGCAGGUUUCAAGCUCAAGGCAUCUGUCUUCAACAUGUGGCUAAUCAACCUUGCCGUUGCAGACCUAACUUUCUGCUUCACCCGAAUCUUCUCCCUGAUCAAGGUUCUGUUGUCUGACCAGUGGCUCUUUGGCCCAUUCAUGUGCAAGUUAAGCGGCUUCUUCAAGUACAGCAACAUGUUUUGCGCCGUCUUCAUGCUAGCCGUCAUCAGUCUGGACAGGGCAAUGUGCAUCUGGUUCCCCGUGUUUAGCCGGAACUAUCGUACCUUACGUGCCUCCCGGGUGGUGGUCGUGAGCACGUGGGGGUUAGUCAUGCUCGUCAGCGUGCCCUUCUUCGUUUAUCGACGUUUCUGCCACUGCCCCCAGAACUUGGACCGGUGCGGAUCGGGUGACGUGCUCGACGAGCAAAUCAGGACAGCGCUUUAUUUAAUCCGCUUCUUGUGUGGCUUCCUGCUACCCUUCCUGGUCAUUCUGGUCUGCUACACUCUGGCCGGGGUGGGUCUCCUCCGCACCCGCUUGCCGGGUAAGUCACGUAACCUGCGGGUGCUGGCUUUGCUGGUGAGUGCCUUCUUCCUGUGCUGGGCUCCUUACCACAUCCUGCUGCUGAUCAGGAUGGUGAACAGCGACAGCCAGUGGGUUAUUAAACUAUUGCCAGCCGCCAAAGGACUGGCCUUCUUCAAAACCUGCCUCAACCCGAUUCUUUACUUCUUCAUUGGCUUAAAGAUGAACGGAAGGAAGUCUCUGACGGACCUCUACAAGAGCGCAUUGACCGACGACAUUGACCAAGAAGUGGGACAGCUCAAGAUGUCCUCGAGAGAGCCGGUCACAGAUUUGAUUAGGGAAAGGAGCAGCUAAAAUGACUACUCAAUAGUGUGUCAUGCUUUGAUUGGUUGGCAACCAGUUCUGGAUGUAGGCUUCAGCACCCCCUGCGACGGAUGGAUACCGUAUGAUAUGUAGCUGCCAUUGUAUGUUCAAAUGCAUUAUUAUGUGCUGGUUGAUUGUUUUGUUUCUCUAGAAAUGUUGGGAAAAUCACUUC